CGUCAGAUCUUCUUCCUGUUCUUCCUUUUAACCUUUUACAUUCUCAGAAACAAUGCUCAGCAUCAAGCAAGAACUUCUCGAUGCUCCACCACCACCACCCGCAGCCACUCCACUGCCUCCAAUCACCCAUCGGAUUUCACUAUCGGGCUAUCGAAAUAUCCACGCGAAGAGCUUCCUCAAAACUAUGACAAUGGACUUGUGCGUCAGAAGAGUGGUGCUUUCGUUGCUGGAGAAUCGCCGCGCGCUGUGGAUCAGAGUCCAUAAGAGUCCGAAGGCGGACUGGGAGGUGCUGGGAGUCGAGGUUUUUGAACGGACCGGCAAGGCGGUCAGUGUGAAACAGCUCCAGCGAAUCUUCCUCACCGCGAGAGAUUGGCUCCGGCGGAACCUCCAGCUGUACAUCAUACAACGCAAGAUGGACAAGCUCACCUUGGACGCUGAGCUAGCAAAAUGGGAGCUUUAUCCCCACUUUAUCUACUACCGUCAGUACCUUGGACAGUUUGAGGCUCACCUUCGCGGCGAAGAGUGGACCGGCGAGCUCUACGAUGAUGAUAUCAUUUGCGAUGGAAUCAUGCAGGUCGAGGUGUCGACUAGAGUGUUCAAUAAUCCGGCUCAAGAUGAGGUGCCCAUCGUCGAGAACUAUGAAGGGUAUGGAGGUUCGGUGGCGUCGAUGGCUGAAGCCGGAGGUUGUGAGCAUGCACAGAUGGAUACUUCUAGAGGUUAUGAGCAAUCACGUCAACAAAAAGCAGCUAUCGGAGGCUAUGAGCAACCGCAGAUGGCUACUCCUAGAGGUUAUGAGCAGCAGCGUAUGCAAAGAGAAGCUACCGGAGGCUGUGAACAACCACAAGUGGCAGCUGCGUUCUCGAGCAACUUUGCAAGUGCAUCGACAUCCCGUUCCCGGAAGCGCCCACACUCGUCAAUCAAGCAGGAAGAUUCGGUAUCCUACACUAAAAUCACUGAAGACCUCCUGCAAAAGAAGCCCCACAAGCACCGAUUCAUUCGUCAGGCGUUGUUCAAGACAAUUAUGGCACUCGACGACGAUGAGGUUGAGUACACUGAGUUGGCCGAUCUUUUCGGCGAUAUCGCCGAGCAGAGCAAUGUCGUUCGUCGACUCAGACUGCAGCGGCAGCAGCAGCGCGGACGUGGUGAGCAACGACAGGUGGAGGAGCGUCACUAAUUCUUAUUUUAAUGUAUAACUAUUUUUAACUGAUACUUGUUUUAUCCUACCAUUCAUGCAUAAUUUAACAUUUGAUCUUGAUCCCGGAUUUUCAAAUGAAACGUGGUACUGUCUUGUG